CAAUUCAAACAUAAGUCAUCCCACAAAAUGAGAGCUUUAGGAUAAUGAGUGAUGGAUACUCUCAUAAAAAGUUUGAACAUAUUGCUAAAAUGCAUUAUUUCUUAUUAUCAACUUUAACUGAUGGAGCACAAAGAUAUAAUAAUUUCAAAUUAUCUCCUUGAAGUAAUUCGAUGUGUGUACAUGCGUACUCGAGUCUACAUUUGCGUAUGUUGAAGAUAUUGGUGUAAAUAUGGCGACGCAGGGAGAUGAUAAAGUUAUGUGUAGUACGAACGUAAACAAUGAGCCAGAAAGAAACUUCAUUAAUGUCUACAAGGUGAAACACUCAAUAUUCGUGUCUAUAUUUCAUUAGUUCAUUUUUUUCUCGCAUGUUUGUUGUGAAAAAGUGUUUAGUUUGGUUUUCGCAUGGCCGCCAUGUUCUUAUAGUGCUGAGAAAAUAGAAGAUUUCGUCUACUCUUUUAAUGAUCAUUGGAUUUCCCUGGAUUCCUUCAGGAGAGCUCAAACUGCACCAAUAUUUCGUAUUCAAGUGAUUCAAAUGGAUAUAUGUCAAGUUGAUAAGACCGGCAGCUCAAUUCUGAUUUAUCCUGACUACUUGUUUGUUUAAAUAAUUUCAUCGAGAUGAAUAAUGUAGACGCUGGAAAAUCCAUUUUUAAGCCUUUUAAAAAAUUUGAAUAUAUAUUGAACAAUAAAAAUGAAUCCUUCACGAAAAAAGCAGAUAGUGUGGUGGAAGUAUGGCAAAAUCUAGCUCUGUGUAAAUUUGAAAACUCUGAGAUCCAGUACAUAGUUCAAAUAAUAGACUGGGCAAAACUACAUACUCUCAAUAUUGUGUUAACUGGAGAAUGGAAAAAAUUCAAAGGUCAGUAUGAAGAACCUCUUCUGAAAGAAGUUAAAUCUACUCAAAACCUAUUAACAAAGAUCAAUAAUGCUUUUUAUACAAGAUGUCAAAAGCUUAUUGAUGUUAUCAACAAUCCAUGGAGUGAUCCGAUCUUGGAAUACUUGGUCAGAACUCCUAAUGCAGUAGUUGGGCCCAAGGAAAUCGAAUUCUUUUGUGUCGAAACAGCAUAUUUAACUUCUGUUCGUUUGAAAAAGUUGUGUGAAUCUCAGUGCGAGGAUUUGGCACUCAAUUUAGUGAAGGCUUUCAUGAAAUGCUACCGUCUUUCACAAACAGAUAAUUUUAACCUAAAUGCCACAGAAACACAAGUCUGGUUCAUUUUCGACAUAUAUGUGGCCCUGCUCUACAAAUUCAAAGAAAAUGAUUCACUUCUAGACAUGCUUAAAGGUUUGAGUGCAGAAGAAGGAUUGAAUCUCAUAAAACGAUUUUCGAAAAAAAGAGUUAAAAUAUCAAAGGUUUGGAAACACUGUCAUCGUAUAGCCAUUCUUGCUUCACAAGUUUAUAUAUCAAGUACCAUAUUGAAACCCAUAGAUGAAAUACGAGGCAUUUUGAAGGAAUUACUCACAGCCUAUGUUACAUUAAAUAAUACGGAAUCUUUUUUGCAAGAUGUUGUUGCGUCUGUUAAAAGUAUUAUAAGACUUGCAGAGACGGCUGCCCAUAUUUAUAUAUUCUGUGAAGUUUUUCAAGAACAGUUUGAAUCCAAAAUGAAAGCUUUCAUAAUAGAACUUUAUAUUAGAGCCUUAACUACAGAUAUGAAUUUAUUAGAGAGACAAAAAACAGAUAAUGAUAAGGAAAAAAUAAUAGAAACAACAAAUCAACUUGCAAAGGGGUUCACAAACCUAGGUGAUGUUCUGAAGAGCGACAUCAAUGUCAGUAGAGAAUGUAUAAUGACAGCUUUCAGCCUACAACCUACAUUAGAGAGGAUCCAGAGAAUUGAAGAAUUGGCAAAGCUUUCUGGAUUUGAAGUUUUAGAUACUGGUCAAGUGUGGAAAUGUAAGCUACACCCCCCUGUUCUUCCAACUGAUGAUGUUACUUGGAUUUGUAACGAAUGUGGCGAAUAUAUGUGCAAGCCACAAUUAAAUGUGCCAUUAAAUACUAAUAUAGCAUUAAAUGAAGCAUUAACUGAAGAAAAACUAGGGAUAACUCGAGAACUAUGUGAUGAUUUAGUAGUUCUUUUGUCAAGUCCAAGAUAUCAAGUCUUCAGUUGGCUUUUAAAUUGGCCAGAUCUUCAGAGACUAUGUUUAAUGUAUUUGAAUGAUCCAGAAAGGACUAAAAAUGUAGUGACUGAACUGAAAUUUUUGGAUAUUGAUUAUUCUAUCUUUGCUACCAUCAAAAAAGAACCAUUAGAUGAAUAUGCCGGCAUUGAAAGAGGAUAUGAACAUUAUUUGGAUCAUAAUUUUGAUGAUGAUCAAAUAAGUAACGCCAGUGAAGAUACAGGUUCCCAAGACUCUAGAUUUUACAGUAUGAGUAGUGAUAGUGCUAGUGAGUUACACUCUUUAUCACUUGGGCUGAAAAAGUCCGAUCCUAAUACUUUGAAAAGUCUUAGGAUGUUCAGGCCGAAUUUAAAACGUUCUCGAAUAAAUGCAGAGGUUCCUGUACCUGAAAAAAUUAUGAAAAACGAAUUGGCAGAUUCCGCCAUAGCCAGUUCAUCAAAAUUGACAACAUUUCCUUCUGCAUCCACAAUUUCUAAUCAGUUUCCUGUUAGCAGUAUUGUAGGGGUAAGUUCGUUUAGUCAAGAAUCAACUUCGUCAUCUCCUAUUGACAGUAUUAUAGGAAUUAAUACUGGAAGGCAAGAUUUGCCUUUCUCUUCUCUUACCAAGAAUGGUAUAGGAAUGGAAAAACCCUUCAUACCAAUAAAAUUACAUCCUCCUCAACAGAAUAUAAAUAUGGAACCAUUAGGUCUUGUCAAACACAAAGAUCACCAAAAUACAUCAGUGUACUCCAAUCAGAAUUUGGCACCAAUAAAACUACACACUUCUCAACACAGUAAUAUAAACUCAGAUUCAUCAAUUUUAUCUCUACAAAAAGAAUAUACAAAUCCAGUAAAAUCUACUGUAUCAACUAAAAAUAUUAAACCAAUCAAACAUCAUCUUCCAAAAGCUGUUAACCUGAAAAGAAAGUCAACUGUUCCAACGAAACCUCUACUUUCCACUACAAAUUUUGGACCUAACCUGAAGACUUAUGCAAAUCGAUCGAAUAGCUUGACAGUGUCCCUUCCGUGUAUGCCUAGGGCCCUUCAAUCAAUGUUCAAAGAUUCCAAUGCUUCUCCAGUUAAUGAUACGACUUCAAAAAACGGACAAGUUGCCACAUUGCAGCAAGUUGGGGGGCAAGUGGCAAUAGACAACAAUCUGACCUCAAAGGCGAUCAUUGGCAAACCCAACAGUUCAGAAACUCAUCAGAAUCAAGCAAGCUGCAAUUUUUCAAACCUUUCUUCAGUGAUAUUGAGCAAUGUAGUGGAGUUGUCCAGAAAAGAACCUGUACUCACCAAAAUGGAAGAUGCGACUGCAAAAUCUCAAGAAUGCUCUAUGAAUACGGAACAAAUGGAAGUGGAGGAGCUAAACAUAUGCCCUAGCAUAGUUGAGAAGAGCUUUUCGAAAGAGAUGAGGAUGCAUAAAAACGAUGAUAACGACAAUGCAAAACCUGAGGAAACUAAAAUUUGUAAUGAGGGAGUUUCAUCUUGCAGUCUGCUAGAAACGAAAGAUGAAGUUCCUCAAAGCUUUGAAAUGAAUCAAACAUUACCUGAGGAAAGUAUUAUUUGUAACCGUCAGAAAUUAUCAUGUAGUCUUUCAGAAACAAAUGAUGGGGACUUCCAAGACAUAACAGGAUUCAAUCAAACGAAACCUGUGGAAAGUAAUAUUUGUAACCAUCAGAAGAUUUUAUCAUGCAGUCUUACGGAUGGAGAAUUUGAAAUGGAUCAAACAAAACCUGAGGAAACUGUUUUUUGUAACAAACAAGAAUUUUUAUCAUGUAGUUUGUCUAAAACAAAUGAUGGAGAUUCACAAAGCUUGGGAAUAAAUCACACGAAAUUUGAGGAAGCUAUUAUUCCUGACCAUCAGGAUGUUUUGUCAUGUAGUCAGUCAGAAAUAUUUGAUGGACGGUCACAAGCCUUGGAAAUUUGUUAUCAAAGAAUACCUGAGGAAACAAUUAUUAGCGAUCAUCAGGAAAAAUAUGUUGGAGAUACAAAAGGGCAGGAAACGAAUUUAUCAAAUAUUUUGGAUACUCCUGUACAUACUGAAGAGCCUCUUCUGAAUGAAGUUCCUAAUUUAUUCCAAGAUUUAGUCUUGGAUGAACCGAAUAUUGAAACAUCUAGUAAAUAUGUGAAAGUUGAAUUUAUAGAAGUAGAAGAAACAAAACGAGACAUAGUUAAUGUGAAAUGCUAUUUCAAAAAGAGAAAACUAGAAGAAAAACCCAAACCAGUGGAAGAACUUAAAAUGGACUUUUUGUUGGACAAAGAUAAUGAGUCGAUUAUAUCUAUCGAUAAUACAAUUGAUGAUUAUGCUGAUACCCUUAUUAAUUCAGACUCUGAAUAUGACUACUUCACUUCUACAAACCCCAUCCUUCAUCAUGUUUUAAAUACAAUAGAUUCAUAUGAGGAAAUGAAACUUCGAAAUAUGAAUAAAGAUAGGUUUAUACCCGAAGAUAUGGAUUAUGAAAAUGAACCAAGUACAUCUAAUUAUGAGUAUAAACCGAACAAUAAUCUAUUGGUGUCUAAAGAAAAUAAAUAUAAGGAACAAGAAUUGUCAAAAAAUAGAUGUUACUUGAAAAAGGAACCGAAAUAUGAAUCUUGUCCUGAAACAGGUUCUGAUAGUCAAGUUGAAUCAGACGAUCAGUAUAAUAGGUGUUAUAUCGAAUUAUCUAGAAAUAAUUUACUUUAUGAUACUAUUAAAGGAGUAUUUAAAAAUGUUGAUCAUUAUCUUAAAAAAUAUAAUAACAAUAAUAUAAUUGACUUACCUCUGAAAAUGGGAAAAAAACCUAAAAAAGGAUAUUCUUCAAAAAAGAAUAAAAAGUCAAAGACUGGAAACGCUUUAGACAAGACUGGUUUAGAUAUAGAUAGCAAAAUUAAACCAAAGAAAGAUAUCUCAAUAAAAGAUGUCAGAAUUAUACUCAACAGGUUGCCUGAUAAUAUAUGUAAAAAUUAUUUAAAACCUGAACACCAUACUGAUACUUCAUAUAAAAAUGAGAAAGACAAUACCGAAGAGGGAACUUGCAGCAAAUUUGAUAAUGAUAAUGAAAUAACUUCAUUUAAUGAUGAUGAACUUCCAAAAGUGUUAGUUGAAGAAUCUCCAAAAGAAAAUGAUAAAAACAAAAAUUUUGAGGUUAAAAACCCUAAAGUAGUUCUCGAACGUCUCUCUGUCAUGGACGAUAACUAUGUCAAAUCUGUCCUAGCCAAAGUACCAGGUUUACAUGACACAGAAUUGAUGAGGCCAAGUAAUACGGACAUGGUUGUGAAUGUGGUUCAGAUGGCAGGAGGAAGACCUAAUGCCUCUGCUCCUGUUAAUGCCCAGACAAGUACUCAAAUUACACCCCAUAUUCAAAGGAUAGGCCAGCCAAGAGUUGAGAAGCCGCAAGGUGAACAAACGGAUAACUCUGAAACUAUGGUUACAUCAACAGUGACAUCUGUUAGUAGUUCUGUAAAACCAUCCACUUCGCAGCCUUCCACAUUGAUCAACAUUUUAUCUCAGCAAGUUAUAAAGCCUGGCCAAAGUAGCAAUUGUGUUAAAACUAGAUCCACACCUUUAAUAAACAUAGUUUCCCAUCAGAUUAUUAGGCCCUCCAAUCAAGUUGUCUCGAAAAUGCUCACCAGUUCUGCACAAACCAAUGAACAGGCAACAAACAUACCCAGAUCAGAACCCAGUUCUGAACAGUCAAAUGCUGCAAAUUCAACAAUAGUUAAAAAUGUACAGGCGCCUGCUAAGACUGCAACAGUACCAACUUCAGCGCCUGCUCCAGGGACCAUACUCCAGUUCAUCUGUAAAUCGGCAACAUUGCCGAAGUUUCAACAAGCAUUUGGUAAAACUGUGUAUCAAUCAAACAACACGGAAACCUCGGAUUCAUCGAGUGCCGGCGAAAAUUCCAGUACCACAGACAGCAAAAAGGCAACUCCUCCAAAAAACCCUACAGUGAACAUUCAACCCAUCCAGGGUAGUGUGAUAUAUACAAGACAGGUACCGGUUGGUCAGACCAUAAAUUUGUUACCACCCGGUCGUCAGGUAUUUCGUAUUGCUACAUCGAAUCCAGAUCAGAUAUCCUUAGUUAAAGAUACCGUAAUCCACAGUAAGAUGAGUGCCCUUUUAACUGCAGCUUUACAGAAAAAGAGUGCAGAAGUACAGGUGGAAAAUGAAGGAAAUAAUGAGAAUGGGGAGAGGGUCACAGUUGCUAGGCCGGCACUUGUACAGAAUGCACGAAUCGUAAAGCCUGUCAUACAAAUACCUACAAAUGUGAUCCGAACAAGUACAAACACCCAGGCAAACCUAAGCUCGACGACAUUAGAGCAACUAAGGGAGUUUGAUAUGGUUUACAAACAGAUCAAGGAGAGGAGCAAUACAGGAACGACGCCUAUAGAGUCUUCUACACAGGGCGAGCCAGAAAAUUCGUCUCAAGGUAUCAGCGUUACAUAUCUUAACCAGGGUCAAAAGUUCACGCAGUUGUCUCCAGUAGUUGUUGUUAGUAGUUAUUGUAAUCUUCAGCCAGCUGCCUCACCGGCAUUGAGCGUGACGAGUCAAGGAAGCUCAAGCCCCUGUGUUACUCCAGCUCCUACGCCAACUUUACCGAAAGUGUCUUCUAAAAGUUCUUCGAAAGGUAAAAGUCUGAAGAACGCAACACCCCAUGCGUCGAAAGUUUCACCAAUACCAAAACCUCAACAAAAGCCACAAGAGGAUGAGCAUACCACUCAAAGAAUAUUCGAUAUUCUUGCAGAAUAUGCGGAACAACUCCGCAAUUCUCCUGAUUUGAACAAUAAACCAGCUCCGAGAAGACGUUCCAAUCCACCUACUAACCCAAAUCACAAUUCCAAAAGAAAAAAGAGUUCUUCUUCGAAAAAACCGAGUACUUCUGGUGGCGCCAUAUCUGAAUCUGAUUUAGAUGAUCAAAGAACGAUGGGAAGUGAGGAUAGCUCCUGUGGUGUUGUGCAAUUGUCAGGGAAGGAUGACGAUCAAUCCCCAAACCAAACGACCGAGUCUAAUGAUAGUAACAAUGGUACCAGCAGACCUUUGAUAACAACAGAAACAAACUCGAAUCCGACCACAAGAAAUUUGAUUAUUGCAGAUUCUAGUGUUGGAGAAACGCUCAAGCUCCAAAAUACGGCAGUUCUAGUCCCUGGAAAUUACAUAAUGCCAGUGUCGAUGGUUAAAGGUGGUCAGCAAAUAGCUGUGGUUUCUGGUGGGAGUAAAAUCCUAGCUACAGUUCCUGCCAGAUCUGGUCCAAACAUGCUGCUUUUUCAAAGUUUUUUAAAUCAGAAUAGGAAGCCUGGAGGGCCAACUGUCAAGUAUUCCACGUUACAGCCUUUAUCGGGUUUAUCUUCUCAGAAUUUGGCUGGUGUAAGUGGUCAGUCCCAAGUGAUAUUACCGCAAAAUGCGCACAAUUUAACGGCAGUCACUCUUGGACAACCUUUGACUCUUAAAAAAAUUGAGGAUCCUGAUAAUAGAGUGAAUACGGAAUUGUUGCUUGCCAUAGCGCAGCCAAGAAAUGAUGGGGUGAAUAUUACAGAGACAAGUCCGCAAAGUGAUGGUCACAUCAAUGUACAGUCUGCAAACAGUAUUAAAUUGGACGAUAAUGAUAUUCAAACCAACAAUUCUUCUGGCAGGGUUUACACUUAUCAAAAGUCAACAAUAGCAACACCAAUAGCGACUUCUGUCAUCUCUCAAAGUUCCCAGUCAAAAAACGAAUUGGAUGAAAACAACACAAUUGCACAACCUAGUAUUAUUACACUCAAUAUUUCCCCAGAAAAAACUAAAGAUGACCCUUCAAAAACAGUGAAACGGAUGCAAUCAGUAUUAGUAACAACUUGUGCAUCAAAUGGUCCAAUGUUGUCUCAAACACCACCAAGGUACAGAAAAUCUUCAGACAGUACCCCAGUGACUAACGAAAUGAACUUGAAAGGGGGCUAUCUACAUAAUGGAGAAAAGCAAAAAGAAGAAGUUAAAACGUUCCAAACAGCACCUGUUUACUUUCCCAAUAAAAUAAAGAAAAUAGCAACAAAUAUAAGAGGAGAUAAGGAGCUUCAACAAUUAUGUCUUCAGCGUAAACAAGCUGCUUUAGAUCGUGAACUUCGAUUGCAGAAAUCCUUGUCAGAAGAAUGCGAAGAUUUAGGGGUAGAUGAACCUAGUACAAGUGAUCUCUUCCCCGAAGCUGAUCUUUUGUUUGAUACCAAUCAUUCACCUUCAUUUGACCAGACUGCCCAAGACAUGGGAAAGAAGACUUCCCAUCCAGAUAUAAAAGAUAAGAUUAUAACUUUAUUUAGUGAUGAUGAUAAUUCCAGUUCUUUAAGAAAUGAUUUUCUAUUCGAUUCCGUGCAAUAUCAAACUGAAUCCGAGUUACAAUAUGAACAAUCUAGACAAACAAAUGGCCAAAGCAGUACCAGCAAUGAAUCUGGAUCAUCUUGCGAGGAUACAACUCUGCUACAAAAUUGUGCUUCAAUGUCAGAUGUAACCCUGCACUCACCAAUAUCCCCAGAAUUCAAUGAUAACCCAACGCACAUGAAUAAAUAUAAAUUCAAAUAUAGCAAUAGAAAAAAAACAGAUCGACAUAAACAAGUAGAAACUUGGACAACAGCUGGGGAAGUGUCGAGUUCAGAAGACACCAUGUGUAGUGAAUUGGGAAAAAUGGCACACAGCCCAAAGUCAUUUGUGAUCAAAAAUUCUAGUUGUGAUGAAGAUGAGGAAUUCAAAUUUGUGCGCGUUUCCAUAUCAAAAACUGAUUUAGCGAGAGAAGAAGAAAGUUGCGAAGAGUUACACUACGAAGACGACCUGGAUUCACCUAGCGGUCGAGGGGCUAGACGUAGUGUCAAAAAGAUGUGCUCAUGUUGUAAUGGCUCGCAAGGAGGUAACAGAAAACGACCUUCUUCCCAGUCUCAUACUCCAGGCCUGCACAAAAAAGCCUUCAUUAACAAGAAAAGAUAGUGCACACGUGUAUAGCAAGAUCUUUAGUUUCAAGUUGUUAGUUGUUUUGUUAAAUAGUCUUGGCUAUCGAGUGGUUGCACUUUAGUACAAAUUCAGGUUGGUAAAGAGUAAAAAUUGGACAAUUGGAACUACUUGUAUAGCAAUUGCUACAUUUCUAAUCUUUUAGUACCUCUUACUGUAAAUUUUCUCGUAAAUGUAAUAUAUUCGAAUUGUUCUUAGUCAGCUGUGUUGUUCCCUAACUUCAGCGGAUUUAAAUUUAAUCUGAUGUUUUGUACAUGGAUUCAAUCCUAUUUGGAUAAUUGGCAUAAAUAUGCCAAUGUAAUGAAUGGUAUUGAUUUAAUUUUCAAUAGUAAUUUUCUUGCUUCAAUUGAUAUCAUAAUAUAGAAGUACUGAUUAUUUGGGAAGUUUAAUGAUUUUUCUCUAUUUUGAUAAUGUAGUUAAUCGUUUUUAUGCAUAUAAUCAUUUUAUUAGGAUAUCCUUAGAGCAAUUUUCAAUUCCAUGUCCUUUACGUGAUGAAUACCUUCAGUAUUAUACUUAACAAAUGAAACUUUUCUUAAAUUCAGUAUUUUUUAUAUUUGACGAAAAGAAAAUAUUGUUGAUUCACUCACAAUAUUUUAGAUCAUAUCUACUUUUUUUACAUAGAAAAAUCGAUUAUUUUAAUCAAAGGUAAUUGGCUGCGUAAUUUUUUCAAACAUUACGUAAAAUGGAAUAAAAAUUUUUUCUUUUCACCAAAUAAUAGAAAUAAUUUACAAUUUUGUUGACAUAGUAAUUUUACUUGAAUAAUUACAUUUAUUAAAUCCACACUUUAUGUUUAGGGCCUGUGCAGAUAGUGUUACCUACCAUUUUUUUUUUUUAACUUAAACCCACCGCUAAUAAUUAUUUUUUCAUAAUGAACAAACGAUAGAAAGGAUUAUAGAAACUGUUAUAUCAAAAUAUUGUGUUAUAUUUCUGCCGUUAAUUAAUUUCAUUUUUUAUUUUGAGAACUCAAGUGAUUUUAACAACCAAAUAUUGGACACAUUAAUUAAUAUUCAUUUAAUUACAAGGGAAACAAUAUUUUCUCCUUGAUAUUUCAAUGAAAAUUUUUGCAUGAAAAGUAAGGGAGGAACAUUGCUACGACUCUAUGUGCAGUUUUCGUCAAUGUAAAUAAGUAAUUUGAAUAGGUCUUAAUCAAAGUACUGUAAGUAUGAAUUGCCAAACCUGGCUUUUUCAGGGCCCCUUUAAUUUUGAAUUAAAUAAAAUUGCAAUAAUAUUUUCGAGCAUCAAUUUGUGUCCCUUAAUUAUUCUCAUCAAUUUUGUUAAUAUGUGUGCAUUUUUUAUUUAUGUUAUUCAAUGUUAUUUUUAGUUUUGUUACUCCAAAAGAAUUUGUGAACAUUCCUAGAUCUAUUUGUUAAUGACAAAUGUAUUAAAUUAAACUAUAUUUAUAAUAAAGAAUUUAACUUAUACAAUA